AUGAAAUUUUUGAUACUUUUUGUAAUAAUUGGAAGUUCUGAAGUUUGGAAACUUUAUAAUGCUGAACGAAUUCUUUCCUACACUUCAAUAUCUUGUGCAGGAUCCAAUAAAACUAUUUUGAUUUCAGAAUGUUAUGUUAAGCCUGUCUCAAAACAACAAUCAGGACUUAAUGUUGUGUUAGAUUUCAUCAAAACAGUUAAUUCAGCUAAGCUUUCUUACGACUUCAGUGUUAAAAUAGGAAAACGUUUUGUGUCGCUAAUAAAUGGUGACAAUAUUGAUAUUUGCAGCUUUCUCAGUGGAACAAGUAACACAACUUCAAUUAAAUAUGCUAUGAAUUUGGUAAAACACGCUUUACCAAAAGGAUCACUUCAUCCAUGUCCAUUGCUUGGUCAUCACGAAUUGUUAAACAUUACAGUUGGUAGACCAGGCUCUAAUUUAGUACUUCCCGGGACCACAUACAAGUUGUACUUUUGGUUUUACAACGAAAAUGAUCGAAACAUUACAACAAUCAACAUAACUUUAAAUUCUGUAAAUAUCACAAAUUAG